UGCUGUACUUUGACCAAGACAUCUGUAUAAAUAAGCUGUGAGGAGGAGAAGUGGAAGGCAGGCAGAGCCCAGGCUGUGUACCAGACAUGGAGAGCACAGAUAACACAGUGGAGUCUGUGGUAGAAGUCCUCUUCUCCAAAAACCGCCAGGAGUGUGCCGAGCCAAUAAAAGCAGAAGUGCAAGGGUACAUACCAAAAUGGCUGCAAGGAACUCUUCUUCGCAAUGGUCCAGGAAUACACACCAUUGGAGAGAUGUCCUAUAAUCACUGGUUUGAUGGGCUAUCUUUACUGCAUAGUUUUACAUUUAAAAAUGGUGAAGUAUUCUACAGAAGUAAAUUCCUGCGUAGUGACACCUAUAAUUCCAACAUGGAGGCCAAGAGAAUAGUGGUGUCAGAAUUUGGCACCAUGGCUUAUCCAGACCCCUGCAAAAAUAUAUUUGCUAAAGCCUUCACGUACCUGUCACAUGUGGUGCCUGAGUUCACUGAUAAUUGCUUAAUUAACAUCAUAAAGUUUGGAGAUGAUUAUUAUGCUUCCUCUGAAACCAACUUUAUCAGAAAAAUUGAUCCACAGACUCUGGAUACCAUAGAAAAGGUAGACUAUAUGAAGUAUGUGACGGUUAAUUUGGCCACAUCUCAUCCACAUUAUGACAGUGCUGGCAACACAAUAAAUAUGGGAACAUCAAUUGGUGACAAAGGGAAAACAAAAUACAUGUUAUUUAAGGUUCCUCCUGUAACUGCAGAUAAUAAAAAGUCUCCCUUGAAGAAUGCUGAGGUUCUAUGCUCCAUUGCUGCCCAUCAUCUUCUAAGCCCCAGCUACUACCAUAGCUUUGGUAUGACAGAGAAUUACAUCAUCUUCAUAGAACAGCCCUUAAAGCUGGAAAUUAUGAAACUUGCAACUGCCUACUUCCGUGGCGUUAACUGGGGUUCGUGUAUUAGCUUCAAUAAGGACGACAAGACUUGGUUUCACAUUAUUGACAAGAGAACCAAAAAGCCAGUCACAGGAAAGUUUUAUACUGAUGCUUUGGUAGUUUACCAUCACAUUAAUGCUUAUGAAGAGGACGGUCAUAUUGUAUUUGACAUUGUUGCAUACAAGGACAAUAGUUUAUAUGAAAUGUUUUAUAUGGCCAAUAUAAGAAAUAAUCUUAAACCAGAGACUGCAAUGACCUCAACGCCAACCUGCAAGCGCUUUGUUAUCCCUCUUCAGUGUGCCAAGAAAGCAGAAGUGGGAGUGAACCUUGUACAGCUUCCAGAAACGACUGCAACAGCGGUCAAAGUUAAAGAAGGAGAGAUAUAUUGCCAGGCGGAGAUCAAAUGUGAAGGAAUUGAACUGCCUAGAAUUAACUACGCUUACAAUGGCAAGAAGUACAGAUACGUUUAUGCUUCUCAUGUUGAAUGGCGUCCAAUUCCCACCAGGAUAGUGAAGUUUGACAUUGUUACAAAGGAAAUGCUGGAAUGGACUGAUGAGAUGUGCUGGCCUGCUGAACCUUUGUUUGUACCACAUCCAGAUGCCAAAGAAGAAGAUGAUGGAGUUAUAUUAUCUUCCAUCGUGUCUUCCGAUCCCAAAAAAUCCCCAUUUCUACUCAUACUGGAUGCCAAAACAUUCAAAGAAAUAGGCCGUGCCAGCAUUAAUGCCGACAUACAUCUGGACCUGCAUGGAAUCUUCAUCCCACACAAUAACUGAACUGAGACCCAACAAGAUAAUCGAUAUACACCGGGAAAUCUCAGCAAUCAUCAAUAUUUCAGCAGACCUGAAAAGAGGAAAGUAGAAGAACCACCAAAAAUAUAGGAACCAAAACAUUCUAAAGUUCUAUAAGUGACCAGGAUCAUGGCCUAUAGUGACCGUGGCUGAUAAGUACAUUUUAUCUGUGGCACAUAAUUCAAGAUUCCGAGGUUCCGCUUCUGUUAUUUGUGUUUCUCAGUUCCUCCUGUGCUCCAUUUACAGCUUGUAUUAGUACUGGAUGCCAUAAAAAAGAGUAAGGCGAUACAAAUCUGCUGCUGUUAAUGAAGAACCACAGCACAGUUGGCAUAUAGACAGUCAAGAAGAAAAAGUACGGUAUUUUCCCUUGCCUGACACUAUUGAGAAUGAUAAUAUUAGAAAAAGGAUAACUGAAAGGGAUGCCAGUUAAUUAUUUACAUU